AUGUCUAAAAAAUUUAUAACAAACUUUAGAGGUGAAUAUUGUACACCUAAUGGAAAGAUACGUAUUAAAGAUGAACCAGUUACACCAGUUCAAGAAGAUUUUGGAUUUAACGAAAACCUGGAUUAUGAUUUUGAAAAUGAUUUUAAUAUGAGAAAAUCAAUGUCAAUGAACGACAUAGCUACACUUAAAGAAGAUUUAAUAAAGUUGGAAUUCGCUGAUAACAAGGAAGAUGUAUAUCAUAGACAUAGAAGACCAACCGGACUGCAUCAAGAGUUAUCUAAAACUAAAUUUGUAUCCAUGGCAGAAGCUAUAUACCAUUAUCAAAGAGAUACGCCCGAUCGUUUCCAUUCAAGUAGACCUCGAUCCAUUCGGCCUCAAAGCAAUGUUGGACGCAGUGGGCUUACUGUUCCUCAAUCUCCUAUGUUAAGAUGCAAAGGCCGUUCAAGACCGCAACAUAUUAUAUCUCAGAAAGAAAAGGAAGAAUUAGAAAUCGAAGAACUAAAAAAAUUUAAAAUUAAGGCUAAUCCUAUUCCAAAAUCUGUUAUCGAAGGGCCUAUACACUUACCUGAAGUGUCUAAAAAGCCUAUUACGGUUCCAGAACCAUUUAAAUUAACAGAAAUACCCAAAAAGACUUUUCAGUCUCCAGGGCAAGUUCAUAAUUUCAAAGCUCGACCAGCACCCAAACAUAUUUUAGAAAAACCUCAAAUACCACCUAAGACUCUUCCCCAAGUGACUAAACCUGUUAGUCCUAAAUUUCAUUACAAAAGAGUCAACUCUGCUGAUCAUCUUAAACAUGGCAUUAAAACGAGUGAUUCAACAGCAAAUGUUAAGAAAACUGAAAAAUGUGAAAAAACAAUGCAACGUCAAGGUCCUGUUAAACCAGAACCAUUUUCGUUUGAAAAGAGAGAUGAGGAAUUAAAACGAAAGAGAGAGGAGAGAAUAAAGAAGCAGUUAGAAGAGGAUAGAAAACUUGCUUCCCAAUUCAAAGCUCAACCAUUACCUACAGCUGUAAAAAAAAGGAUGCAAAAUACUGCAACACUAUGCAGUGCAUCUAAUGCAUCAUCUGAAAAUAAAGAAAACUAUAUAAAAUUUGAGGCUAAGCCACCUGUUGUCCUGUAUAAAGAACCCUUUAAACCAGUUCUACAACCAGUGCAACUGAUUAAAUCAGUUCCAUUCGAAUUAACAACAGAAAAACGGGCUGCUGAAAGGGAAAGAUUUGAGAAGCAAUUAAAAGAAAAAGAAGAAGAAAAUGAAAGAUUGAAACAACAGAAAGAAAAGGAGCAGAAAGAGGCGGAAGAAAGAGCAAUCACAGAAUUAAGAGCAAAACUGGUACAUCAUGCUAAACCAGUUCCGCCAUUAAAUCCAUUUGUACCAGAGAAAUCUGUUGCACCCAUUACGAAAAAGCCUGGUAAGACUGCUGAAGAACUUCAAGAGGAAGAGGAAUUGCAGCUAGCCCUUGCUUUGAGUCAAUCGGAAGCAGAGCACAAGGAGAAAGAACGUAGGACCAGAUCAUAUAUUGCACCAGAAAAUACUUUGCAUCCUACAAUUUCACCGACCCCAUCGUCUGUGAGUGCGUCUCCCGAACACAGUACAACGAACUCUGAGCUAUCUCGUUACUUGGAUAGGAACUACUGGGAGCAAAGGUUGACGCGUGAAGCCGCCAAUGCGCCCACCGCUCCCGCUCCCUCUUCGCACGCUACAAAUGAACCUACUGAGCCAGAAUUUGUGAAGCCAAAUCCUGCUAAGAAUCAGGAUGACGAAGCUGAGGAAAAGGAAAUUGAUGAAUUUGUUGAAUCUCUUAAAUCUCAAGUGGAAAUUUUUGUGAACAGAAUGAAAAGCAAUUCUUCACGUGGUCGUUCAAUCGCCAACGACACAUCGGUGCAGACGCUGUUCAUGAACAUCACCGCGAUGCACUCCAAGCUGCUGCGCUACAUACAACAGCAGGACGACAAGCGCGUGUACCUGGAAAGUUUACAGGACAAAAUAAACCAAGUACGUGAUAGCCGUGCAGCUUUAGACACGCUGCGAGCAGAGCACGCCGCACGUCUCGCGCAGGCGGCAGAAGCGGCGGAAAGGCAGCGACAGAUGCAAAUGGCGGUUAAACUGCAAGCUAUGAGGAAGAAGAAACACGAGUACCUCCAGUAUCAGAGACAGUUGGCCCUACAGCGGGUACAGGAACAAGAAAGAGAAAUGCAAAUGAGACAAGAGCAGCAGAAACAUCAGUACAUGAUGUCCGCUAAUAGUGGCUUCUACAUGCCCGGGGUCUCCAUGCAUCAGUACCAGCCCGGUUACCCCAACCAGGCCCUGUACUCCAAUCCACAAUUUCACCCUCAAAUGAUGCCACAAGCCACCACCGAUGGUAACCUCCCGAUGCCUGGCCAACCGCAAAUGUCGCAAGCAAACAACCCCAUGAAUGUAAAUCAAAUAUCUCAAUCAAUGCCACAUAUGAGCAAUAACUUUGUCAUGUCUGCAUCAGGCAUGGCUUUAGGCCAACCAACUAGUGUACCAACUACAAUGAACCAACCCAACAUGAGGCCUGGCAUGAACCAGCAACUCGCUCUCCAACAACAAGUCAUGAUGCAACAAAUGCAGCAGAUGCGCUUGCCCAAUCAACCAGGUGUUCACCAAAUGAUACCACCUAAUGUACCAAAUGGCUUACCAGGACAAAGUAUGCCACAAAAUCCCCAAACUACUCAGCAGCUACCAAAACAAAAUGUACCACCAAAUCAAGUCCAGCAAACUAACCCCAUGAUGCCACCAAUGACCAUUGGGCAACAACCAAAUUCUGCAAAUCCAAUGUUUACAAUGCAAAUGCCAAAUAUGCGAAUGCCACUAAUGCAAGGCAAUCAACCAAAUAAUAACCAGCAAAUUCCCGUUUCUUACCCUAUGAACGUGCAGAAUCCACAAAGCAGCCAGCAGGCAACAAAUAUCCCUCAUAUGCCCCAAAUGCAGUUGCCAGGACAACCAAUGCCCAUGCCUGGUCAACCAAUGAUGCAAAAUCAAGCAAUACCUGGAAACCAACAGCUACACCAAGCACCACAGAUCCCACAAAGCCAGGGUCAGCAGAUUUCUCAACCACAAAUGACUCAACAAACAAUGACAAUGCCAGGACAUCCCCCGCAGCAACAUAAUCAGCAAAUGCAGCCUAAUCACAUGGCUAAUCAACAAGGCCAAAUGGCUCCAUCCCAACAGGUGCCUCAAAUGAUGGCAGGUGCAAUGCAACAGGCCCCACAAAUGCAAGGACACAUACCCAAUCAAGGUCAACAAGUCCAGGGUCAAAUACCACAAAACAUCCAAGGUCAAGGUAUGAAAUUGCAACAAAAUUAUGGAAAUGACCCGCCUAACCAACAACAACAAAUACCCAACCAACAAGUACAUCAGGUUCAGACACCAGUAAAGUCUGAAAAUAACAAUAACACCGCAGAACUCAUAAGCUUUGAC